AAACGUGGACUCUGGAGACGUCUUUCGCUGCAACACUGUUGUACAGUUCAAGUCUCUAUAUUUCUGCGUACAAUUGUCUUGUCUGGAUGACUCUCUGUGUGCAGCAUAGUGCGCACGUACUUCCGCCACCCGAACCACAUGUGUUACACGCUGGACCUUAUAGAGUACGCGGAGUCGGAGAGCACAUUUCUCCAGUGCAAGGCGCCUUGGACAUGGGAGCUCCAAAUGAAUGUAUACUGGACCACGAAAGCUUCGGUGGCCAUCGAAGGCACGAAUAAAUUUCCUGUGAUUGUACAUAGACCUGAGACGUGCCUCCCAGACAAGCUGUCAGCUAUCGUGGGCGAAACCGGUGUUGAAUACGCGCUCUCUGUGACGCAGCAAACAUUCAUACGCUUGCCACCACCUUAUGCGUCCAAGUGCACCGACUACACAAGGUUCGGCAAGCACAGAGCCUUCGGCGGAUACUUGAAUCAAGACACGUGUCUUCAGGACUGUGAAAUAAUGCUCCAAACAACACAUUGCGGCUGCGUGGAUCCUGCGCUUGCAUUUGCUGGUGCCGUUGGAGCCCGGGCAUGUACACCAGGCGACGUUGAGGUUUGUGUGGCAACUCUCAGUAGAAACAACACUUUCAAACCGUGCCACAAGAAGUGCCGGGCACCGUGUAUGGACACUUCAUACGACGUUCGACUCACGGGCAUGGGAGUGGCUUCGUCCAAGUUCUUAACGAGCGACGAGAUCAAGCAUUUCGGUCUGACCGUAAAGUUCUCCUCGGACACACAGAAGAUCUUCGUCUACGAGCCUAAUCUCACGGCCGAUGAAUUCGAGGUCCCAGCCUCCGCAUUUGUGUCGCGCAUACAGCCGUGA